CAGCCCCUAUGUGGUGAGACUAAGGAAAAGGAGGAGACGAUCGAAUUCGUCCGGCCUUCCGAGGCUGCUGACGGAUGGGCGUGCGAGUGAAGUUGCUCUCCGCGCUGUGUGGACGCGUGCUCCCGGCGGGAUUAGAAAUGGGAUGCGGCAAUCUAGGCGAUUGAGCGCCUGAGUCAUUCGUCGGUGGUAAGACACACGUUCGUCAACCGUUCAUCCACAACCUUCCACGCGGGCCACUGCUCACCUCUUUUUAUAAAACCCGCCACCCAAUCUCGUCUUGUACCUCGACCGUAUCAGUGCUCCUCUCUCAGACCAUACGCUGCGUUGCGAUCUGCUCCAGCCUUCUCUCGCACCCGUCAACAGCUGCGCCAAGCCAUUCCGCAGGCUUUAACAGCCCCCGGCUAUAACUACAGCUCACCACUCCCCGGCCGUCAAGCAAGACAUCCCCCUUUCCCGUUCAGCCAUCUUCAACCAGACAAGCAUGGAUCGCUACCUCGCUCCCCAUACCCCGGAGGCUCAGGCCCACUUCCACUUCACCGAGAAUGGUGAAAAUUGGGAUUUUGACGCACCGCAUGUCGACGAGAAACAAUUGGCUAGCUGCGCAGUCUACUCUGCGUUUGCACGUUAUCUAAGCGGCACAGAUCUUUACAUUCCUCCGCGGAACCGGAAGGAGCUGGAGAGUGUACUGAGGAGAUACUCUCAUGAUGCCAUCCACAACCUGAUUGCUAGCUCUCCGCGGUCGCAGGCGACUCUGCAGCCCGGUGGCUACAGUCGCAUGUGCCAACAUGCGGAGCUCUCCAUCCGGAAUGUCAUAAACAGCAACGACAACGGCACCCACCUCAUCGAGCUACACCGUUCAACCAGUGUCGUGUCGACAGACAUGGACCGGUCCCCCUCUCGUUCCGUCAAGAUUCAGUGAAGCUCUUACGCUAUGUCAUCGCACCCGCACUAUUCGCUAUCGCCGCAUUACCAUCAUCUGUACACUACGCAACCACGCCGAAGGGGGCUCGAGAAACUGAUUAUUUAUAGAUGUUCUGGUUCCCGAGCCUGUACGUCACCAUUCAAUACGCGUAGAAUACCGCCUUUGUAACCUAGUUCUUGCUGCCUUAACUUUAUACAUUUCCGUUCCG